CACUGCAAACAAUUGCCAGUAAACAUCGCUAGCCCUCGAAGGAACAGUGAGAAGAGCAGUUAGCAAAAAAAACAGGAAGCACCAGGUCUGUGGCAGGAGAGAACAACGUCAAGAGGGAGGAGUUGUGGAAGCUCCUUGUUUGGUGAUAGAGAUCACGUGGGCUACUCCGUCUGAACAGUUCACAACAGUUGUGAAAAGUUAAGAGAACUUCGAACUUUGGAAAGCGAAGAGGACUUGGGAGAAAGAGAGAGGAAGUCUCAGGUAGCAAAACGUGAAGCACAUGGUGUGAAGGAAAAAUGCCCACCAACUUUACAGUGGUGCCGGUGGAGGAUAGCCCGCUAUCAGAACAAGGCAAUGAUGAACAGAUCCUAAAAGAAGAGGACAAGGAGGGGCCAGAGCCAGCGGCUGAACCCUUUUCAGGAGAGGAAACCUCAAGAGAAACCAGCUCCUUAAUCAGCACAGACCACGAUGGCAGCAUCUAUGGAAAGAACAUGGCUCUCUAUGAGGAAGAGAUGGACAGCACUCCAAUGGUGGCGUCUCUCCUCAACAAACUGGCCAACUACACCAACAUUACUCAGGGGGUCAUCGAGCAUGAGGAGGCUGAAAGUGAGGAUGGUAUCAAAAGGGUUACUGUUAAUGGCCCUCAGAUGGGCACAUUUAUAGGCGUGUACCUGCCCUGCAUGCAGAACAUUUUGGGUGUUAUUUUGUUUCUACGACUCACAUGGAUAGUGGGUACAGCGGGCAUCAUGGAGACUCUUGCGAUUGUCUUCAUGUGCUGUUCUUGUACUAUGCUGACUGCCAUUUCAAUGAGUGCCAUUGCAACUAAUGGCGUUGUGCCUGCUGGUGGCUCGUACUACAUGAUCUCCCGAGCAUUAGGCCCAGAGUUUGGAGGAGCAGUUGGUUUGUGUUUCUAUCUUGGCACUACUUUUGCAGGAUCUAUGUAUGUUCUUGGAACCAUGGAAAUAUUCUUGACAUACAUAAUGGGCAAUAUCAAUGUGUUUCGAACUGUCGAUAACAACAUGCGUUUGUAUGGGACCUGCUGUUUAGUCAUCAUGACACUGGUAGUGUUUGUUGGAGUAAGAUAUGUCAACAAGUUGUCAUUGGUCUUCCUGUCCUGUGUGGUUCUGUCGAUUUUGGCCAUCUAUGCAGGGGUCAUUCAAACCACCAUUAAGGCAAAUGACUUUAAAAUCUGUCUACUAGGCAAUCGCACCUUGCAACAUCAAAAGUUUAACAAGUGUGAAAAGUCAGAACUGUGGGAACACUUUUGUGAGGGUAAAUUGCUGAAUGCAACAUGUGAUGAGUACUUUGUGAAUAACAACGUGACGGAGAUUACUGUCAUCCGUAGCAUGCUCAGCGGGAUAAUAUCAGAAAACAUGUGGGGACACUAUGCCCCAAAGGGGAUGAAAAUGGAGAAGGACGGAUUGAGCUCAGUCCAAGCAUCACCUAACACCAAUGACAUGUCAAGACCUUAUGUCCUUCAUGACAUUACCUCCUAUUUUACUAUUCUGGUUGGAAUCUACUUCCCCUCAGUUACAGGAAUCAUGGCAGGGUCAAACAGAUCUGGAGCUCUCCGAGACCCUCAAAGAUCCAUUCCCACGGGUACAAUUCUGGCCAUACUAACCACCUCCUUCAUCUACAUUUCCUCUGCGGUUUUAUUUGGAGCGUGUAUUGAAGGUGUGGCAUUACGAGACAAGUUUGGAGAGUCAGUUAAAGAAAGGACUUUAGUGGUUGGAACACUUGCCUGGCCAUCUCAUUGGGUGAUUGUCAUUGGCUCAUUUUUCUCUUGCUGUGGGGCGGGGCUACAGAGCCUUACCGGUGCCCCCAGGAUCCUUCAGGCUGUAGCACGAGAUGGCAUCGUACCUAUCCUGCAGGUGUUUGGUCAUAGUAAACCCAACGGUGAGCCAACCUGGGCCCUGUUGCUCACUGCAGUCAUCUGUGAGAUUGGGAUCCUCUUUGGUUCUCUGGACGCUGUCGCACCUAUCCUGUCAAUGUUUUUCUUGAUGUCCUACCUCUUUGUAAACCUGGCCUGUGCCGUCCAAACACUUCUUCGUACGCCAAAUUGGAGGCCAAGGUUCAAGUUCUACCACUGGUCUAUUUCCUUCCUUGGGAUGAGCUUGACUUUGUCCCUCAUGUUUGUCUCAUCUUGGUAUUACGCUUUGGUUGUUAUUUUGCUUGCUGGAUGCAUCUACAAGUACAUAGAAUACAGAGGGGCGGAGAAGGAAUGGGGAGAUGGGAUCCGAGGAUUGUCACUUAACGCAGCCCGCUACGCUCUCAUUAAACUUGAGGAGGCACCGCCCCACACAAAGAACUGGAGACCCCAGGUGUUAGUGUUCCUGAAACUAGACUCUGACUUGGAGGUGAAACAUCCAGGUCUGCUUUCCUUUACCUCACAGCUGAAGGCUGGGAGGGGUUUAACCAUUGUCUGCUCAGUGCUGGAGGGGACUUAUAUGGCUCGUAGAACAGAUGCUAAGCAAUCUGAACAGAGUAUCAAAGCAGCCAUGGCAAAGGAGAAAAUGAAGGGCUUCUGUCACGUCGUGGUGACCUCUAACCUGCGUGAUGGUUUCUCUCAACUUAUUCAGUGUGCAGGCCUGGGCGGCAUGAAACACAAUGCAGUGCUACUGGCCUGGCCCGCUAACUGGAAACAGUCUGAGAGCUCCCUCUCCUGGAGGAACUUCAUUGAAACCAUCAGUGAGACAACAGCUGCCCACCAGGCCCUGCUAGUGGCGAAAAACAUCGAGCACUUCCCAACAAACACAGAUCGGUUAGCCCAGGGUACCAUUGAUGUCUGGUGGAUUGUCCAUGAUGGUGGUCUGCUCAUGCUGCUUCCAUUUUUGCUGCGUCAGCACAAGGUUUGGAGAAAGUGUAGAAUGAGGAUCUUCACAGUAGCUCAGAUGGAUGACAACAGCAUUCAGAUGAAGAAAGAUUUGCAGAUGUUCUUGUACCACCUGCGCCUCGAUGCUAAAGUGGAAGUUGUUGAAAUGAAUGCAGGUGAUAUCUCCGCCUUCGCCUACGAGAAGACCUUGGUGAUGGAGCAACGUUCUCAGAUGCUGAAGCAGAUGCAGCUCUCUAAGACAGAACGAGAGAGAGAGAUUCAAAGCAUCACAGACGAAUCACGGAAUUCCAUCAGGAGGAAGCCGGAGAAACCGUUGCCCAACAAGUUACAAGUACCAACCAUAGUUGUGAACGAGGAGGCCCAGCUCAUUCAUGACAAAAACACUAAGUCCCACGCCACUUUAAAUGACAAGGCCAAGACCACGUCCGACCGGGUCCAUAUGACCUGGACCAAAGAGAAGCUGAUCAGUGAGAAGAAUCGCCAUCGGGAGCCCAACAUGGCUGUGCGGGACAUCUUCAACAUGAAACCAGAGUGGGAGAAUCUGAAUCAGGCUAACGUGAGAAGAAUGCACACAGCAGUGAAACUGAAUGAGGUCAUAGUCAAGAAGUCUCAAGGAGCCCAACUGGUGCUGUUGAACAUGCCGGGACCACCCAAAAGCAAGGGUGGAGAAGAGAACUACAUGGAGUUCCUGGAGGUCCUGACAGAGGGAUUGGACCGUGUACUGCUGGUGCGAGGUGGGGGCAGAGAGGUCAUCACUAUUUACUCUUAGCCCCCACGCAAGGACAAAACGCUGAGGACAGUAUUUCUAUGAGAAGAGGCUGUUCAGUAUUUGAGUUCUCUCAAGGCCAGAGCUGGCCAGAUACUGUACAGAUGGACUCAGGGUAAGCUGUCUCACCCCAGCUGCAGGCCAGCACUGAACAUUCACAAAGGGUGAAGGACGAAUCCUAUCUAUUGGGCUGUAAAUGCGGUAUUUAAAAACCUUUUGAAUAGAGCGAAAUUAGUUGUUUUAUUUCUGAGUCCGAAGCCAUUCACCUUUCAGGGACAAAAAUGUUGAAUCUGGACAGUGUUUCAAGUUUGUAAUAUAUUCUGUAUAUAUUGAUCAUGUACUUUUUACAAAAGUCCAAAAUUUCUAAUGAGUUUUGUGUAUAAUAUUAGUUAGAAUUAUUUUUGUAUUGCUUUUAAAAUACAGUACAAGUAGAAAUAGUGAUAUGACUUGAAUCAAACCAAAUGGUUUUUUGUCUGCUGCUAUGCAAAGCAUUUCAUAUUCUGCUGUAAUACUUCUUUCAGUAUGCUGCAGUAAUUAUAUGGAAAUGUAAAGCAAACUUAAGCCUAAUAGUGUUUAAUUCUGCAUAGGAAGUCGUUUCUUCAUAGUAUUAAUUUAUAGUUGUAUUUGAGAAUAGAGUGUUGAAGUAUGAGAAAAAGGAAAAUUAGUUCAAGUAGAUCAAAUAGACCAUAUGAUUAAACUACUUAUUGGGGAAAAUGUUUGCAAAAAUGAUGUCAGAAUGCCAUAAGAAAGACCGAUUUAUAUUUUCAGACAAUGGUUUGUCAUGCCAGCAUCACAAUGUGAUUUUUUUAUUUUCAUGUUUUGUUUGUUUGUGUUGUUUUUGGCAUUUUUACCCCUCAGUUGUGUUGUUGUAUGUGUCGAGUUGUGAUGAUGAAAACAAACCGUGACACAUUACUACUAUGAUAUUCUUUAUUAAAAAAAGGGAUUAAAAAACA